AUGUCGACUCUCAAUCCUUCGUCCUCGCUUUCUCAAGCAAUAAUAAUUCCUGGAAAUGGCUUUUCAGAACCAGAGACAGCAACAUGGUAUCCUUAUGUAGCUUCGCAACUUGGUAAAGCAACUUCACGGGAAACUGGCAGUAAAUUAUUCCCGGAUGGAGUAAUAUUAAGACAAUUCCCUGACUGGGAACUUGCUCGAGAGUCUGUGUGGCUUCCUUUUUUAGAAAAAGAUUUGAAAGCUUGUAGUGAUACUGUCUUGAUCGGCCAUUCGAGUGGUGCUGCUGCUGCAUUGAGAUAUUUGGAAACGCAUCGUGUAUUGGGGGUAGUUCUUGUUUCCGCGUAUCACACAGAUCUGGGAGAUCCGUAUGAGAAAGAAGCUGGAUACUUUAAUCGUCCAUGGAAUUGGUCACGUAUUUCCCAAAACGCUAAUUGGAUUAUACAGUUUGCUAGCACUGAUGACCAUUUGGUGCCGAUUGAAGAGCAAAGAUAUGUGCAUACAAUGAUUGGCUCUGAAUAUCAUGAGUUUAAAGAUUGGGGUCAUUUUAAUUAUCAGAUGAAAUUCCAGGAAUUAGUUGAUGCUGUUGUUGGAUUCAUGGAUGGUGCAAUCGACAAAAAAGCUAUAACGGCGCGUGGAAAGAAUCCCGGGACUUGUUGA